AUGGCUGUAAAUGGUAUUGGACAUGAUUUUGCUGCUCUACAUGAGUCCUUAGAAGAGAGCGAUCCCGAUCUUUACGAAAUAUUGAAAAAGGAGAAGAAACGACAAGUUUGCGGGCUGGAGCUGAUCGCUUCGGAAAAUUUUACUAGCAGGGCUGUUAUGGAAGCUCUUGGGUCUUCUAUGACAAAUAAAUACUCUGAGGGACAAGUUGGGCAGAGAUAUUACGGAGGAAAUCAGUUCGUGGAUGAAAUGGAAAGCUUAUGCAAACGCCGAGCGCUCGAAGCUUUUCGGUGAGUAUAAACACGUGUAAAUUUGAUCACGUUGUUGAGUGAUUAAAUAUUCUUUUUUGGCUUCGAUGAGAAAUGUUACUGAUAUAAGCUUAUCUGCGAUCCUUGUACAGAAAUACUGCUCGAACAGAAACAAAAAUCAGGAAAGCUUAACUAAAUUAUUGAGAAAUAGGUUACCAGAAAUAGUGGUGUGACGAAAAUCACUCUAGCGUGAUUGUGUUAUGCAAUGCACACGCUGAUCUUUGCUGGGUGGGUUGGAGCGAGGAUGGGUCACAUCAUCCUGCUUCUGGUGUGACCAAUCCAUUAAAAUUAAUCAUUAUAAAAUCUAUAAUAUUUCAUUGAUUAGUAUCAACUGGUGAAAGUAAAUGUAGAAAAUCGAUACUUACAAUUUCAAUUCCACCAAAGUGCUAGCAGUGUUUAUUGGUUGUUGUCAGUUUUAAGAGUUGUCACUUACGUGCCAGUGGAAUGUUAACCAUCUAUAAUCAAUCAUUCUUAGAAAUCCUGGAGGGACGCAAUUAUUGGUCAUGGAAAAUAUUAAAGGAUUAUCGUAGAAAAAUUAAAACAUUGUUGUUGGCAAACAGAAUAUUAAUACUUGUCGUCAUCAGGCAGCUAUAAUCCACUAUCGACUCAUUUCUGAUAUAUUUUGUACAAUUUUGUCAUGUUCUAAAACACCAAACCACAACCUUGCUAAUGUCUCAUUUAUGGUUUGUUUUACUGGUAUUCACAUUUUAUUGUUUGUAUUAUGAGAAAAUUGUAUUUUAUUAAUGUUGCAAAUCAGUGCAAAAAGUAAAAAGCUUUUGUGCUUUCAGUACAGUUCCCAUAGAAACUGUAACACUAUGCAGUUGAUUUGAAAGUUAGUCAUUUGUAAUGACGGCAAGUGAGAAAAACGAUAAUAUUAUUGUGAAUGUCAGAUUCUAAAUACUCUAUGAUUCAGUUUGUUCAGUUAAUGAAAAUGCUCUAGUUGUUGCAUAUGAUUAUAUUAGUUUAUAAGUCUCUAUUCAAAGGAAAUUGGGCGAAAGGGGUAAAUAAUAUUCUUUAUCCUUUAUAGCAUGCAAAGAAAGUAGUGUCCAAUAGCCUGGGGCUAGUGGAUUUUGCUAUCAGGCAAGCGAAUUCUGUUUGUAACUUGCCCGAUGGGCAAGUGAUGUUUUUUGAGGAAUUUGAAUUUUAUUUACAGAAAAACUGGGAAAUCAAUUAUGCUUGUCAAGAAGCUCUUGGGGCUAGUUGAAAUGACAUCUGGGCUAGUAAAUGCUAACUUCAGCUUGCCCGCCGAAUGGCAAGCUUUAAAAAGGAUUUUCUUUGCACUCUGCCUUUAUCACCAAUCAUAUUACAUUACCUGAGUUGAAAUCAAAUAAGUAAAUAAAUAAAUGUCUUUAUUCUGUACCUGUGCCUAUGUACACAUGUUUUAGGAAGAUCAUAGUAAUUUAUAAUCCAAUUUUUGGAUUAUGCUCCCUAUUUGAUCGUGAAGUUAUUUGCACAGUUGACAUGACCUUUGAAGUAUCCUGUUACUUUGACCUGCUCUAGAACCUGAUUUUGGAAAUUUCUAGUGUUAUUUAAUUUUUUCAGUCAUUGGUCUAACUAGAUUUUUAUAUCUUUUCUAUGUAUUUCACGGAUUAAGUCAGUCCAGAGGUUACUCUUCCAGUAAAGAAUAUUUUUCUUUAUCUUUCAUAAUAUUAAAUGUUAAAGUUCACACUGUAAAGUAAUGCACAGUGAAAAAAUGCACCCAUGAAACGGUCACUUAUAAAAGUUGCAAAUUUGCACAAAUUCAAAACAACUUUGUUUCCUGUCAAUUGCAAUGGUCACUGAACCUUUUUGGUAAGAAUUAAACCUUUGCUCGUAGCCACCAAGCAAACUCUCGUGGUCCUGGGAAAAUCAGUUAAUAUCUUACAUGCAAGGAGACUUGGGUCAGAAAAACGUGUUCUAAUAGAACAUGCACAUUAGAAAUCACCCUUCAAGAAAAUGUGACCACCAGGAAUAAUAGUUUUUCAGACAUUUGGUCUUUCCUUUUACUCAACUUGUUAUUCAUUUCUUUACAUACUGCACAUAAUAACCAAAGGUAAGGAAUUGAGUGUAGGGAAAAUUGAUGCAAAGAUUCUGCUUUGUGUAUGUCCAAAUGUGGGCCAUCAGAUAAUGUUUUUUUGAAUUUCACUUAGUAUUCGUAGAAACGUUCUGGGCAUAUGUAAUAACAACUUGGAGAUUAGAAUGUGGGCUUAGAUACAUUUUCCACAAAUAAAAUGGCAAGUGCAGAACAGACAUAAAAAACUUUAAUCAUGUGCUCUCUAGAGAGCUAUUUUUAAAUUCUAUAAUGCAUAUGGAUAUUUUUGUUUGUGAAGAGGUUUCACUUGAAUGGUCACAACAUGGAAUUUCAUGCAGACUCAAAAAUUAGAAACAUCUUACACCCAUGAUUCACUUAGCAGGUAAAAUGUUGAAUAUGACCGGCCAUGAAUACGACCAGAUUAAAUGGUACAAUAGUGUUCGUGUUUUGCUUUGAGUACUUAUUAGAGCAUAUUCACCAAUCAAUGAAAUAUUGUGUGUUUGCAUUAACAACUUCUGUUUUUAUUGUAGACUUGAUCCAGAAAAGUGGGGUGUGAAUGUGCAACCUUACUCUGGUUCCCCUGCAAACUUUGCAGGCUACACUGGGCUUCUUUCUCCACAUGAUCGCAUUAUGGGUCUUGAUCUGCCAGAUGGAGGUCAUUUGACGCAUGGGUUCAUGACAGAGAAAAAGCGCAUCUCGGCAACAUCUAUUUUCUUCGAAUCAAUGCCUUACAAGACAAACCCAGAAACUGGCUUAAUAGACUACGACAAGCUUGCUGAAACUGCCAGAUUGUUCCGCCCCAAACUUAUUAUCGCAGGAAUCAGUGCUUAUCCACGUCAUUUGGAUUAUGCCAAAUUCAGGGCUAUAAGCGAUGAAGUUGGGGCAAUUCUCAUGGCUGAUAUGGCCCAUAUCAGUGGUCUAGUGGCAGGCGGUGUUGUACCAACCCCAUUUGAGCAUUGCGAUAUUGUAACAACAACAACACACAAGUCUCUUCGCGGGCCACGUUCAGGGGUUAUAUUCUAUCGCAAGGGAAUCAAGGGUUACAAGAAGAAUGGAGAUCCCAUCAAAUAUGACUAUGGAAACAAAAUUGACUUUGCACUCUUCCCUGGUCUCCAAGGUGGCCCCCACAAUAACACCAUCGCUGCACUAUGUACAGCUUUGAAGCAAGCCAAUACUCCAGAAUUCAAAACAUAUGCCCAGCAGAUACUGGAUAACUGUAAAGCCAUGGCCAAGGUGUUUUUGGAGCGUGGCUACAAGCUGGUGUCAGAAGGAUCAGAUAAUCACCUGGUUUUAAUGGACCUGCGUCCUCUGGGAUUUGGUGGAGCCUUGGGAGAAAAGGUCUUGGAAGAAGUUUCUAUCACUGGUAAGUCUUUUUUACAUCUUCUUUUGUAAACUGCCACUUAGAAGCCCCUCCACUUUUAAGCCUGCCCAGUUAUAGGCUUAUCUACUUAUGAGAAAAAAACACAUCCGAUUAUAAGUCUCCCUGGAUAUCAGCGCCUCUGUUUUUAAGCCCUUCUAAAACCCCUUAUGAAGAUCUAUAAGCCUAGGGCUUACACAAAUGUAUAAAUGACAGUUUAAAGUAUUUAUAGCAUUUGGUAGUAUCGAAGUUGAAGUGUCCAUAACAAAAAACCUAUUAUUAUGUAAACUGUUGUUGUUGUUUCAUCUUUAAUAAACUGAAAGAACACACAAUAACUUGUCCAAAAAAAUUGUGUGUUUUGAGCAAAAUGAGAUUUUUUAAGAAAUUUUUGAGAUGUAAUUUCUUUGGCACGCCUGUUCUUUUGAUGGCAGGAUUGAGACAGAGAGGCUCAUAUGUAAUGUCCUGAGAUGUUCAUAUAUUCAGGAACUGAAAUAUGGACUUUCAUCCAUGCUCAUCCUAUGUUAUUCCUUUCUCAAGGUCGCUAAUGUUGUUGCAUCUAACUGCUAUGCAUCUUACUGGCAUCUUUUACCGCCACACAUCUCUCUUGGGAUUGUUCAACUCGAGGAGAUUGCUAAACUUCAAGUUUAAUGAGAAAAUUUCUCAUUGAAGUCCGAGAAAAUGAAUGUCAAAUUUCACAAGAACUGUGAUUACACAGGUAAAAUUCUGAAAAUUUCAUGUGUGAGAUGUUGUUUUGUAAAAUUUGACAUUCAUUUUCGCAGGCUCUUAUAAGAAUUUUUUUGGUGUUACUACAGAUGAUUUAUUACAUCUUUAGUCCUUGAAAAAUGUAAGAAAGAAUACAAUAUUCUUUAAAUUAUUCUGGUACAAGAUUUUUGUCCGCUGAAAAUAAACAUUACGCAGUGUCCUGGUGGAUUCCGUCUUAAGACUUUAUUUUUAUCCUUAGUGAAUCUUCCUUUGCUCUUGUGACCUUUUUUAGUACAUGUUGUUGUGUUUUACAUAAAUGCAUAAUUCACUUUUCUUGUAUUUCGUUACAGUCAACAAAAAUACAUGCCCUGGUGAUAAAAGUGCCCUGCGUCCAGGUGGACUGCGUAUCGGAGCCCCUGCGCUAACCACACGCAUGCUAAAGGAGAAGGAUUUUGAGCAAGUUGCAGACUUCAUUGACCGUGGAAUCAAACUGGGUUUGGAAGUACAGAAAAUCAGUGGCACAGAUCAAAAGAAAUUUGAGGAAGUGUUGCUUGGAGACCAGUUCAAAGGAAAGGUAGAGGAAUUGAAAAAGGAGGUUGAAGAGUUUUCUGUCAAAUUUCCCAUGCCAGGGUGUGGUCUUAUUUAAAUACAUGAACAAACGUUAUGUUUCUUUUUGUGCCUAAUGACAUACUUGAGAUGGAUAUUUUGAUAGGCUAGAAAGACAGGGAUGAUGAUGUGAAAGUUCCUUGCUGUUAUUUUAUUAGGAGCAUUCUGCUGACCCUGAUAAAUAUUUUGUUUCCAAGAGCUCAAAAAAUAUUGUAUAACCUAAUAUGAAAAGUGCAAACAAAAGCCAUUAGCCAGUGAUUUCCUUAAGUUAUGACUUUCUUCAAGAGUGUAACCAACUUGUAUCUUGUUAGAUACGGUAGAAUACAUUCAAGAACAAAUUAGAAAUAUAAGUCAAUUAAGGUUAAGCGAACCAAGUCACUCGAUAACACGAAGUUGUUUCUGCAUUAUGAACUAAUAAAAGUACCCAGUUAUUGGGUAUAAUCAAGAUCGGU